AUGGCGGCCAGCUCUGAAGAGGCUGCCGUGGGCGUCACGCUGCACGCCAACUCGUGCCCCGGCUUCCAAGCCAUCCUGAAGCACAGGCACGCCGCUCGGGGGCCGUAUACCGACUUCAAGGUGAAUGAGGUCGACCUGGAAGGUCGUGUGGUGCGGCUGACUAGCCUGGAAGUACCCAAGGCCAACAUAGUUGAGCGCCCGGAUGCUGGGGAAGCCCCUGUCGCAGCCCCGAAUGCCGCCUCCAACCCCAGUGAGGCGGUGGAGGUAGCAGUGCAGCGGUAUGCAGCCAUCAGCGGCGCUAGCUCUGCGCAGCUGGACCCGCUGCGUUCAUUUUUGCUCCAGGCACUGCAGCACCAGGCAGCCGCCAAGCAUCCACGCGGCAGUGGCACUGUCCGGCAGCCGGCCCCACAGCCGCUGGUGCUGGACCCAGCCAUGGCAGCCAAGGACCAACGCACCGCGGUGCACCUCCUGUUCAAGUCGCUGCCAGGCUUUCCGCGGCUGGAGACCAACACCGUGGAGCCGCCUGUGGGACAUGCAGCGCAAGAAGACCGUGGGCAGCAACUGCCGCAGCAGCCGCAUGAUCAGAAGCAGCGGCAGCAGCAACAGCAGGAGGCACAGGAUGGCACUGCUGGCUCGUUGACAAGUAAACCACAGUGCAUACAGGUGCAGCUGGUGGGCAGUCGCAGCGGCAGAUUUGACAGCGGCGGUGGCCGGGGCCAGAAACGCAAGUGGCGGGACGAUUCGGGGUGGCCUGGUGGCAGCCUGCGCUACACCAAGUUUGUGCUGUUCAAGGAGAACAUGGACUCCCAGCAUGCUAUCUCCUCACUGGCCAAGCUGCUGCACGUAAGCCACAAGCUGUUUGCAAUUGCGGGCACCAAGGACAAGCGUGGUGUCACGGUGCAGCAGGUCACCGCCUUCAAGCUGGACCCAGCCCGCCUGGCGGCGCUCAACCCACGCCUUCGGGGCAUGUUUGAGCUGGUGCUACGUGCCAUAAAGGCUGAGAGCGCCACAGAGGUGGCGGCGGCAGUGGACGCCCUACGCCUCUCAGGAUUCAUCAACUACUAUGGGCUGCAGCGGUUUGGGACAGGCGCAGUGCCCACCCACAGGGUGGGACAGGCGCUGUUGUGUGGUCAGUGGCGGGAUGCGGUUCGGCUGCUGCUCACGCCACGGGACGACUGCCCGCGCCCUGAGCAAGCUGAGGCGUGUCGGCUGUACCUGGAGCAGGGGGACGUGGAGGGCUCGCUUCGCCUCAUGCCACGUUUCCUGGUCACGGAGCCCACGCUGCUACAGGGCCUCAAGCAGCACGGGCCCAACGGCUUCCUGAAUGCUCUCAUGAUGUUGCCACGCAACCUGCGCACAAUAUACAUCCAUGCUUACCAAAGUUACCUGUGGAAUGCGGCUGCCUCGCACCGGGUGCAGACCUAUGGCCCCAGCGCCGUGGUGGCUGGCGACUUGGUCCUGCCGUACAGUGCGAGGCAGCGAUCAGCGGCCAGAAACCGCAGCCGGCCUGGAGUGCCAGCAGCCGUGGCAGGCGAGGUGGUGGAGACUGACGCAGAUGCGGCUGCCAACGAGGAGGAGCAUGUUUCGGCAGCAGUCAAGGUGCACGUGGUGACCGUGGAGGAAGCGGCUGCUGGAGCAUGGCGCAUGGAGGAUGUGGUACUGCCGCUGCCUGGGUCCGAGGUGCUGUACCCGCAGCACGGCACUGCGGACGUGUACCUCCAGCUGGCAGCAGCGGAUGGCGUGUCCCUCGACUCCUCACCGCACGGCUCCAAGGACUUUAGCAUCAUGGAGCUGACAGGAGCCUACCGUCACCUGUUGCACCGCCCUGCUGACUUGGAGUACGAGCUGGUCCGCUACUCCCACCCUGACAUUGAUCUGGCCAGCACCGACUUGAUGGAGCUGCGCGGCGAGCAGCUGCCGGCACCGAUAUCUGACAAGUCGAGCGACUGCUAUCUGGCGCUACGGCUGGCCUUCACCUUGCCCUCCUCCUGUUACGCAACCAUGCUCAUCCGCGAGCUGACCAAGCAGCCCAGCAGCACCGCGCACCACAAGGCACUGCCGCAUGACGAAGAGCUGAACCAUGGUGGCGGCUCGGAGAAGCAGAAAGCAGCUGCAAAACCAGCUGCAUGA